AAUUAAUGUAAGAAAUCUUUAUUGGUGUCGAUAAUUCAAAUUAUUUAAAAUUUGAUGAUGGAGAAGUAUUGGGUUCUUAUCCAUUUCCUCACAUCAUCUCAAGAAUAGAUGUUGAGUUUAACCAAUCUCAUGUAAUUGGAAUUAAUGUAACAUACAAAGUUGGUAAUGGAUAACAAGUAAUUGCUAUUUUUAUAAUAUAGGUUUCUGGAUAAUCAAGUAUUAAGUUUAAAAAUACUCCUGCAUAUACUAAGACAUUUAUAGUCCCUGAAGGUAGUUUAUUUGUUUUAUAAAUAGGUGAUUUUUUAUAAGAAAUAAAUGGAUGUUUUGAAAAUGUGAUCAAUUCCAUAGGUUUUGUUACCUAUAAAGGUUAUAAGGAAAUCUUUGGUAAUCCUAUUGGGGUCUCAUUUCGACACUUUUCACCAUAAAAUACUUUCACAGCUGCAAAAGGAUCAUUCGAUAAAUGGUUAAAUUUCAUAGCUUUUAGAGUUGUACCUCUUCCUCCUUACGCAAUGCAAUAAUUUGUAUAUUUUAUUUAUAAUAGUCAAUAGUAUCCAACACAAAAUCCAUAGAUGAAUUAAGUUCCUCUAUAAUAGCCCCCUUAAUAAUAGAUGAAUUAAGUUCCUCUAUAAUAGCCCCCUUAAUAAUAGAUGCCUUAAGUUCCUCCCUAAUAACCACUUUAAUAAUAAAUGCCUCCAUAAUAAUAUCCUUAUCCUCCAUCAAACAGUUAUCCGUAAUAAUAAUAACAAUACACUUCACCUCCUCCCCCUCCUACCUAAUAGGGAUAUGUUCCACCUCCUCCCCCUCCUACUUAAUAAGGGUAUGUUCCACCUCCUCCCCCUGCUUAAUAACCAUAUACUCCAUAUCCUCCUCCAUAAUAUCCUUAAUAUCCAGGUUACCCUAAUUAAUAACCAUAUCCAUAUGUAUUUAUCUAUUAAAAUUUAGCCAAAUUAUCAACCAUAUCCUCCACCAUAAAAUACGACAACCAUUGUUGAAGUCAUAGAUACUAAUCCAUAUGGAGGAGGUUAUAAUUAAGGCUAUAACAACUAUUAUAAUAAUUAAAGACCAGGAAUGGGAGUAGGAGCAGCUAUGGGUUUAGGAAUGCUUACAGGUAUGGCUGUAUCAGAUUUGACUCAUCAUCAUCAUGGAGGAAUUUAUGAUGUUAAUGUAUAUGGUAUAAAUCAUUUCUUAUCAAGGAGGACAUCGCCAUCAUCACCAUCAUAGAUAUUGAAUAUCAUAAUUUAAUUAAUAUGGAAAAUAGAAA